UCAAUCAAAAGGGCAGGCCACCCCACCUUUUAGAGUGACCCAACUUCGGCUUGAGGCCCUAUAUCGUUUAGCCGAUCUUGAAUUGCUACCAUUUCUAUCUUCUCCAGUGUUUUGACGGAAACAAAUUUCUUCCACCUACCACUAUGCUGGGAUAUGGGGAUGGGGAUGACUGAUGAGAGAUGAUCGAUCGGUAAGUCAUUUUCUUAAGAAUUUUCAUUUCACUGUUUCUUUUUAUUUACGAGAUGAAUCCAAAUGCGUAUGGAUUUUUCCCCGAAGAAGUAGUUCUCCGGAUUCUUGCGCGGUUGCCCGUAAAGUCACUCCUCAGAACGAAAUGCGUUUGCAAACUCUGGCAUAAAUUAAUAUGUGAGAAGUACUUCACUCGUAUCUACAAUGAAGUAUCUGUAAAAAAUCCCAUGGUUCUGUUUGAGGCCAAUGGGUCUUCUUCAGAAUCAAAAUCAAAAUCAAGCUUAAUCUGCGUUGAUAGUUUGAGGGGUGUUUCUGAAAUUUCUCUGGAUUUUAUAAAAGAUAGAGUCAAAGUUAGGGCUUCUUGUAAUGGGCUAUUGUGUUGUUCCAGCAUACCCAAUAAAGGGGUUUACUAUGUUUGCAACCCUAUGACUAGAGAGUACAAGUGCUUACCUAGAAGCAGAGAAAGGCAUAUGACUAGGUUUUAUCCCGAUGGUGAGGCAACUCUUGUUGGGUUGGCAUGUAAUUUGUUAACACAACAGUAUAAUGUUGUGUUGGCUGGGAAUCAUAGGGCAUUUGCGCACAGGUCUGAGAAUACUUUCAUAUGUUUGAUUUAUGAUUCAGCAUCUAGUAGUUGGAAGAAAUUUGUCUCAGUUCAAGAUUAUCAUUUUACGCAUAUGAAUAAGAAUCAGGUUGUGUUUGUAAAUGGGGCAUUGCACUGGUUAACAGAAACUACUUCUUGUUUGGUUGUGCUUGACUUGAAGACUGCUGCGAUGUGGAAGAAAAUUCAGUUGCCCAAUGAAGUAAGUUGUAGGGUUGGAAAUCGGAAUUAUUUGUUGGAAUUGGAUGGGUGCUUGUCUGUUAUUCAGAUUUCAGAGGCUUGGAUGGUUGUUUGGGUGAUGAAAAAUUAUGAAACAGAAGAGUGGCAUAUGGUGGAUAGAGUGAGUCUUCGCUGCAUUCGAGGGAUGGUACCGUGUGUGUUUCCAAUAAGCCAGACUAAGAAGUAUAUUUUCCUUGCUACGCACAAACAGAUUCUGGUGUAUCAAAGGAAUACCAAAGAGUGGAAGGAGAUGUAUUCCGUAAAGAACACCUCAAAUAUGCCACUAUGGUUCUAUGCACAUUCAUUCCGGAACACACUUUUUUCAUGUCAUUGAUUGAUACGUUGGAGGUUUGUCAAUCUUUCUCGUAAGGUGUGCUCUAUUUUGAUAAAGCUCUUUCUAUUUUUCUUUCGUUGUCAUUUGUAUGGGAGUAUUACCAAUUUGCUUAUAUAAUGUGUGGUGGGGGUGUUAGUUAUUUACAUAUUAAUAAUGAAGGUUUUAUCAUUUUAGCAUUCAUCAUA